AGCAUAUUUAAUUUUAUUUUAUCAUGAGAAUGAAGAUAACUGCUUCAUGAGUUAUUGCCAUUGCAAUCUUUCUGGGAAGUUCCCUUGCUGCUCCAGAUCGAAGAGAUACACUUUAUAUAUCAUCUCUUAUAACACACGGAGAGAGGACUCCCCUCUUUACAGGAAAUGCUGAAUACCAAGUGACUGGAGUCAAUUAUGAUCAAGGUCCAGGAAGGAUCACAGUCACAGGUGAAAGAAGUCUUUCAGCAAGAGGUCAGCAGCUCAAAAAUGACUACGGAAAUGGAAGGUUCUUUGAGACUAACUAUGUCCCUGAUGAUAUCUUUGUAAGGUCGAUCAAUGAUCAAAAGUCCAUCAUUGGCGCAUAUUCUUAUUUGCUGGGAUCAUAUCCUGAUUCCUUAGAUGGUGUAACAUUAGAAUCAGAUAUCGAGAAACUUAAUGAUAUCCCGGUGACCAAUUAUGAUGUAAAUACUGUCAGAUCAAACUUAAAUUUGGGCAACCCUCGUUCAAAAACCACACAAGCAAAGAUACAUCCAGGAAAUCCUGAUGCUCUAUUUUUAACUCAAGUUGGGAAGACAUAUCCAGGGCAAAGAGAGAAAAUUGAUCAGCAAUUAUUCGAAGCUAAGAAUGAAUACGAGAGAACUCAUGGGACUAGAUUUUACGAAGACUUUGCUAGGGCCAUUCACAAGCCUGACGAUAAUAUUAAUUUCUAUUCUGCAUACAAAUAUGCUGAUGACAUUAUCGCCGCUCAGGCUAAUGGACAAAGAUCUGCAGUGAAUCUUUCCCCUGAAUUGCAAAAUGAUCUAGAUGUUUAUUAUGGUCACUACUUUGGAGAUGGUUUAUUUAGAGAUUAUGAUCUUAACAGAGCUUUUUCUCAUAACUAUCUCUCUAGUGUUGCCCAUGAACUACAACUUAAGAUGGAGGAUGAUCAAUCAGGAGAUCACAAGAAUGAACAGAUCCAUAGCAUGAAGCAAACAGUUUAUUCAGGAAAUCAACUUACUUUGCUAUCUGCUCUACAUUUAUUCAAUGAAGUUGAAAAUUAUAGAGUAGAUUUUAAUGAUGAGCUGAGGUUCCAACUUUUCAGAAAAGAUGGGAAAUAUUUUGUCAGGAGUACACUUAACGAUCAACCACUCAGGCUUGAGGGAACCAAUAACCCUCAAGGUGAAGCUGAGUGGAGUGCUUUUAGGGACUACAUUUGCUCUAAGCUAUAUUAUGGAAGUGUCAAGAAUGUUAGAGAUGGUACUGAAAAUCCAGAAAGAUUUACCAGAUUGAGAGAGUCAUGCGACAAUGUCAUCUCUCAUGGAGUUUAUGCAAACGAUAGAGUUCAAAAAGAGCCUUCUGAAAUUUCUCAAUAUAAGCCUGAUGAACCAACUCAGGUCCAAAGAAUUGAGCCUCCUUUACGUCAAGCUACUUCUCCAUCAAUCCUUACAAAUAAUGAUGAUGUAGGAAUUAGAAGACAACCAGUUGAUAUAAAUGUAGGAAAAACAAGUCAGGAAGUUCAAUAUGCUUGGAAUAAACCAGUCAAAUUGAGACAGACUCAAUGGGAGCCAUUCGAGCUUCCAAUGAAGAAAGAGUUUACUUUUGAAACUAACACAAAGAAGGAAGUCUCAUUGAACCAAUACAGAAAAGUUAAAUUAGAUAAAACUGUAAAUAAAGAGAUCAGCCUUGCAGAAAGACACUCAUUUAACUUUGAAUCUGAAUUGUUAAUGACAAGAGAAAUUAAUUUCAACAAUGUAGAUAUGUUAAAAAUACCUCAAUAUCAAGAAAAGAGUCUUUAUUUAGCUGAUAAGCAUCCAUUUAAUUGGGGUGAUAAUCCUUCACUUUCUACAAAGGAGCUAACUUUCACCUAUGCUAAAAAGAUUAAAAUUCCAGAGACAAUGACUUCUAAAUUUUCACUUCCUGAGAGGCAUGUAUUUAACUAUAACACUGAGUCUAAAGAGUCGGGUAAAGUUAACUUUGACCAUAUUAAAAGCGUAAGAGUACCUCAAGCAGAAGCUUAUGAUGUAAACCUACAGGAUUUAAAAUUAGACAGAUUAAGAGAGGAUCAGUAUCAAGAUGCAAGGAGAUCUUCUACCACUGAUAAUCAAUAUGGAAGCAAUCCUGUUCAGCAAAUUGAAGAAAGAAGUCCACAGACUGAACAGAGGAGUCCAAGAGAUGAACAGAGAAAUCCAAGGGAUGAACAAAGUAAUCCAAGAUAUGAGCAGAGGAGUCCAAGGGAUGAACAAAAGAGCACUUCAAAGAAGCCAAAUAGGAUAUCGCUAGGAGGAAAUGUUGAGACAGUUCCUGAUUAUGUAGCGCCUAUAAGGAUAAAGCAACAGUACAAUUCCUACGAGUCCUCUUUUACAAAUUCUCAGCCAAACAACAAUUACAUUUAUCCAUCUCCUCAAACUUCAAACUAUAUCAGCAACACCCCUACCGACCGUACUAACCCCCAAGCAUCACAGUCUCAGUCAUACCAGACUCAGACCUCGCAGCCCUACCAGCCUUAUCAAGCACCUCCUUCUGACAGAGACUAUCCCUCGUACUCUUCACAGAGGCAGUCUCCUAGUUAUACACACAAUUAUGAUGCUGAAGCUGACUUCUCUUACUCCCACCAAAGCACACCACAAGGAAGCAACAGAUCCUUUGGAAGUACUUACACCUAAGCCUUUUUCUAAAAUUUCCUAUAAC